AUGGGAGAUAAUGAAGGGGAAAAAUUUUUGCAUGGUAAGAACCAACCGAAAAUUGUCAUUUGUAUAAUUUAUACAUACAUUGCGAUUAAUAGUUAAGUAUUUGCCUUUUAUGAAGGGAAAUAUAGCUUGGGGAAAAAAUUGUUAGGUGGAAUAUUGAAACAACGUAAGAUUUAAUAAUUUCUGGCGGUGGAUUUUGUGACUAGCAAGGUAGAAAUACCUGAAGACUAUUUAAAAUAAAAUUAGUUUGAAUUUAAGGAGAAUAUGAAUAAGUAAGAAAAAUUGGAACUUGGAAUAUAAAAUAAAAUGAUGUCAUGUUAGUUUAAUAAUUAAAUUUUUAUAAUUACUUUCAAUAUUGGUGAUUGCUAUGAUGAAUAAAAUUUGAAGAAUGGAUUAUGGAUAGACUUGGAUGAUAAAUUUUCCAAGUAACCUAAUAAAAAUGUAAUUGACAUUAGUCACCACUAAGUUAUUCAUAGAGGUCAAUAAAAAAUGGAAGGAAAAUAGGUUAAUGGGAUAUUUUUGGAUUGA